AUGGCGACUGCCAGGGCGAGGGGCAAGAUGCCCGAGACCGUUGACCUGACCGAGAAGCCGUCCGCCUUUCAGCCGUAUAGUGGUGCUAAGAAGCUCGUCAUCAAGAAUCUGCGAGCACCAGUCAGUCGCCAACCACAAAUAGAGGAAUACUACGCGAGAACGGAAAAGGACCUCGAGGAAGCCUUGGAUGCCAUCUUUUCCGGGAGGCGACCAGCCGUGCCCUUGGAGCGAUUGUAUAGAGGCGUUGAAGAUGUGUGUAGAAGGAACAACGCCGCCAAAGUCUAUCGCUUGCUCAUGGACCGCAUUGAUAGCCACCUGCGGACGGUCGUCUUGCCAAGGAUAAAAGGAACCGGGCGACCGUCAAAUAUGGUUGUGCUGCGAAGCGUCAGAAGAGAAUGGGAAGCAUGGAGCGCACAAGCAAUCACCAUCCGAUCAACAUUUAGCUAUUUGGACAGGACCUAUCUUCUUCGAGAAUCGCUACCGUCAAUCAACGACAUGACCAUUGCCCAUUUUAGAAGAAUGGCAUUUCCAGGGUCACAGUCGACGACUAAAUCACUUGGCGAAAAAGUUAUUGCCGGAGUGUGCGAGAUGAUUGAGUAUGACCGCCGAGGUGAUGAACGGCUGGACUCAGUUCUGCUCAAAGAAUCGAUUCGCAUGAUCCACGUCCUGGGUGUUUACGUCAGACACUUCGAUCCAGUGUUCCUGAAGCAGUCGGAUGCUUAUUACAAGGAGUUUGGUGAAUCGUGGAGCGGAUCCAGUCUCAAGGAUUAUAUCUCAGCAUGUGAAACUCUUCUCAAAAAGGAAGAAUAUCGGUGCAUUGCAUUCAACUUUGACAGCACCACGGAGAAGCAGUUGAUGGACUCGGCCCAUAAAACCCUCAUCGAGCAAUACUCGGAGAAGUUACUACACAGUGAUAGCCUGUCAAAUCUGCUGUCAGACAAAGACACCAAGUCUAUGAAGGGGCUUUACGAUUUAUUACGACUAUCCGGCAUUCAGAAGAAGAUGAAGAGUCCUUGGGGCGAUUAUAUUCGACAAACUGGCGCUGACAUUAUAUCGGACAAGGAAAGGGGCGACGAAAUGGUUCUGCGGCUUUUAGAACUUAGACGAUCAUUAGAUCUGAUGAUUCGAGACGCGUUCCAAAAAGACGAAGAUUUCCUAUGGGGCAUGCGCGAGGCGUUCGGCAAAUUCAUGAACGAUCGUAAGACCGCAUCAUGUUGGGAUACAGGCACUUCCAAGAUUGGUGAAAUGACUGCCAAAUACAUCGACAUGCUGCUGCGAGGCGGUUUGAAAGCGCUGCCAAAGGAUUUGCUGUCCGAUGUCAAGGAUCGAGUUGCAGCGGAGAAGCAAGGGCAUGCAAGUACAGCAGACGAGGAUGCCGAGUUGGACAGACAACUCGACCAAGCCCUCGAGCUUUUCCGGUUUAUCGAAGGCAAAGACGCGUUUGAAGCAUUCUACAAGAAGGACCUGGCGCGAAGAUUAUUGAUGGGUAGAAGCGCAAGCCAGGAUGCUGAGCGAAACAUGUUGACAAAACUGCGCGGCGAAUGCGGAUCCAACUUUACACACAACUUGGAGCAAAUGUUCAAGGACCAGGAGCUUGCCAGGGACGAGAUGGACUCUUAUAAGCAAUGGAGCGAGUCAAAUCUGGAGCGCAAGCCGCCGGUAGACCUGACAGUCAUGAUAUUAUCUGCCUCUGCCUGGCCGACGUAUCCUGAUGUGCGAGUCAACCUGCCAGACGAGGUGGCGACGCAGAUUGAGCGAUUUGACAAGCACUACAAGAACAAGCACACGGGCAGAAUACUAACAUGGAAGCACUCCUUGGCGCACUGCUCCAUCAAAGCAUCCUUUCCUAAGGGGACCAAGGAGCUCUUGGUGUCGGCCUUCCAAGCCGUGGUUCUCAUGAUGUUCAACAAGGAACCCGAGGGCGGUUUCUUCACCUACCAACAAAUAUCAGCGGCCACCGGCCUCCAAGGCGGUGACCUGGACCGAACGCUACAAUCACUCGCAUGCGGCAAAGCUCGCGUCAUCACUAAGCACCCCAAGGGUCGCGAUGUUAACUCGACCGACACAUUUACGUUCAACAAGGCAUUCAGCGACCCCAAGUAUCGCGUCAAGAUUAACCAGAUCCAGCUCAAGGAAACCAAGGAAGAGAACAAGGCUACGCACGAAAGAAUUGCGCAGGACAGACGCUUCGAGACGCAGGCUGCGAUUGUGCGAAUCAUGAAGAGCCGCAAGUCGAUGGGACAUGCGGAGCUCGUGGCUGAGGUUAUUAAUUUGACCAAGAAGCGCGGCAGUGUUGAGCCUGCCGCCAUCAAGAAGGAAAUCGAAAGCCUAAUUGAGAAGGAUUAUCUUGAAAGAGAGGAUAAUUCGUAUACGUAUCUGGCGUAG